UCCGCCGCGGUGGAUGAGUGGAGGGCGGUCGUGGUGCUCUCGCCGCGUUUCCAUAUGGACUACUGAAUCACAACAGGGAAAUAGUGCUUUGAAUUAUUAAAAAAAAUGGACGUGUAAUGUGAAAAAUGGAAACGUUUGGACGUGCAGUAGCGUGAAUGUAAUCGUUGGCAGUUUUUGUGGAACUUUUUACCCCUGGAAAAGGAUGACAACAACACAAUAGUGUUGGCAACUUGCAAGUGUUUCAGUUCCCACACACUGGCUCUCACAGCCCCCUACAACAAAGAUGAGGAUACAGGGGCAGCCUGAGGGCGCAAGGAGGCGUCUGGAUUUAAAUGCAGUCGGUGAGCUGAGGGGUGUGGAGGUCAUCCGUGGUCGGGCAGGAUAUGGAUUUACUAUUUCAGGGCAGAGGCCAUGUCUGUUGAGUGGCAUCCUGGAGGGAAGCCCUGCUGACCUGGUGGGACUCAAACAGGGGGAUCACAUCAUGGCCAUCAACGGAACUGACGUGUCUGCUGCUUUGCAUGAGACUGUGGUGCAGUUGAUUGGCAGCUGCAAAGGACCCUUGCGGUUGGUGGUGCAUGCUGCAAGCCGAAUCAUGGGGAACCCCAUUCUUAAUGAUGCAAAAUUUGGGAUUGGCCAGAAAAAUGGUAUUUUCCAAAAGGCAGGUGUUCUCCGCACUAUCUCAUAUGAUUCAAGCAAUUCCUCCUUUAACUCAAAUCAUGCUAUCAGCACCAAACAGAGGCCGGUGUCAGAGCCUGAUAUGUCACAAUGGUCACAACAGUGGAACUCUUUAGCUGAGCAGCAAAAUGAGGAAACUUCCAAAGUGGGGGACACAGACUCUGUGUUUACAGACCCAGAAGAAGCCAAUUCAGACUGGAGUAUGUUAAACAUGACCUUGGUGGUGGGCUACCUGAGCUCCACAGAGCUGAUUUUAAACACUACAGAAUCGGAGGAGGACUGUUUAAAAGCCAUUCGGGAGCGAAUACGACUGUUGGGAACAGAGCAGAAUACUCAUACUCUGGUGAUUAUGAAGAUCAUGUUUGACUGCAUCCGACUUUGUGACGACGCAGGAGCUGUUUUGGCUGCCUUUCCUGCUGAGAACCUGGUUUUAGGGGCUGUGUGCGCUGAAGACCCUCGUUUUUUGUGCCUGGUCACUACAGCACACGUAAUCAAUGGCCGUGUACCAGAGGAUGGUCCUCUGCGGGCCUCCUGCCAUGUUUUCUUCAUCGACCCAGAGCUGGGAAACCACGAGGACCAUGUAGGCAUUGCAGGACGCUUUGGCUUCGACUGCACUCCAGAUCCAGAUGCCUUGGGCUGCCUGGAAUUUCCUCAGACUCCACCAGACGUCCUUCACUUUGUCACAGUCCUGUACAGUGACAUGGGGGAGGCUGUGGAGAGGCUUCGCGUCAAACUGGACAUGGAGGCUCAGCAGCAAGCCAAGGAGAACGACAGCACAGGCAAGCAAGGCAGCGCCAGCAGCAACGGGGACAGUGGAAUUGGAAAUGCGUCGCCCCCUGAGGAGAGAGCGGACAGGGAUUUCCCUUCUGCAAUCCGAAACCACCCUGGGGCCCACCUCCCCAGCUGUCCAUGGGAUUAUCCCAUGGCUAAAGACCUCACCCCAAUAAACCUCUCCAAGAAGGGCCAAAACCUGAAUCCAGAGAACAGUGCCAGCACACAUUCCCUUUCAGAGUCACUACCUGGCCCUGAUUCUCUUCACAGCUUUUAUGGAGGUCCCCCACCCAGGCUGGAGUUCCAGUUUAAGCCCCCACCACCUCCUCUGCCUUUUGGUAAAAAAGCAAGUGUCUUUGGAGACCCUCUCAGAGGUAGCCAAAGGUGGUUCUCAAAGCCAAAGUGGCCUAAAGUCCUCCUGAGCGGUGAACCGGACCCUCAGGUGACCAACAACUGGGCCUCCAGUGUUAGCCUUAGCCCUGGCACAAAUAACCUGCCACCCCCCAUGAGCCAGAUCCCCUCAGACAGGUACUGCUCAGCAGAGGUCAUGAUGCUCCCUCCCAGAGAGGAAUGGACCAAAAAGCUUCUUGAACAGAGAGAGAAACAGAGGAAAGAUGGUGGUACCAAAAAUGGCUCCAGGUUUUGGGGUAUGGGUGUUGCCCGUGCCUCUAAACGCCGCUCUGCCAAACGUCUCAGCCUGGCACGAUCACUGGACGACCUUGAGUCUGCUGCUUCUUCAGAUGGUGCUCUAAAGUGGCCAUCUGCUGCCAUGAUAGCAGACUAUAGUGGAGUCCAGUUGCAGGGAUGCUGCAGCCAGAGCAGCCUGAACAGUAAUGGCAGUCUUCCAGGAGCAGGCAGCCUGCGAGGGGUUCCGGAGCAGCGUGUGGCCAGCUGGGCCGCCUGCUUUGAACGCCUCCUCCAGGAUCCAGUGGGCGUGCGCUAUUUCUCGGAAUUCCUCAAGAAAGAAUUCAGUGAGGAGAAUAUCUUGUUCUGGCAGGCCUGUGAAUACUUCAGUCAUGUCCCUGCAACUGAUAAAAAGCAGCUGUCCCAGAGAGCUGGAGAGAUCUACAACAGCUUCCUGUCCAGCAAGGCCACCAUGCCGGUCAACAUCGACAGCCAAGCCCAGCUGGCUGACGACGUCCUCACCUCCCCACGGCCCGACAUGUUCAAGACGCAGCAGCUCCAGAUCUUCAACCUGAUGAAGUUUGACAGUUAUUCGCGAUUCCUCAAGUCCUCCCUUUACCAAGAGUGCAUGCGUGCUGAGGUGGAUGGCCGACCCCUGCCGGACCCCUACCAGAUUCCCUGCAGCCCCGCGCCCUCCAAACACAGUGCCAGCUCGGACCGCUCUACCCUCUCCACCCCCAAAAAGGAGGCCAGAAAGCAGAAGUCCGGGAGGUCACUGAACGAAGAGAGCAAGGAUGAGAGCGCUGACAAGAAACGCGGCAUCUUCUUUUCGUGGUCCCGCAACAGGAGCUUUGGGAAGGGCCCAAAGAAGAAGGACAUAGGAGACAUUAACCUCGACUACUGGGGCAGUAAUGGGCGGAGGGAGUCCCAGGGCUCCUUGUCAUCCGGUACCAGUCUGGAGAUGGCCACUUCCUGCUCUGCUGGCAAGAUUGAGUCUGAUAACCGUCACUCAGUAUGGGAGCGUUCCCCCAAACAUUGCACCGUGAUGCUGUCCAACGGUUCCUGCUCUUCUGUCAGUCUUCGGCCCGGUGCCUCCAUAAGAGAAGUCCUCCACGAUCUCUGUCAGAGCAUUAGCGUCAACAUGGCUGCUGUCGACCUCUUCCUGGUGGGAGGGGAGAAGCCUUUGGUGUUGGACCAAGACUGCAUGACCCUCAGCUCACGAGACUUGAGAGUGGAGAAGCGGACCUUGUUUAGAUUGGACCUAGUACCCAUUAACCGCUCCGUGGGGCUUAAAGCCAAACCUACCAAACCAGUCACUGAGGUCCUGCGCCCCGUGGUGGCCAAAUAUGGCCUUCACCUCAGCGAUCUUGUGGCCAAAGUAAGCGGAGAAACUGAGCCUUUGGACCUGGGUGCCCCCAUAUCGACUUUGGAUGGCCUCCGAGUUGUUUUGGACCGAAUCGACCCAGCUUCAGGAAAAGUAGACAAAUCCAAGUCGUCCUCCCUAAAAAACCACCCUCCAACCAGGAGUUUUUCUGCUACAGGAGAUGAGAGGUCAACACCAAAGGACUUGUCUGUGAGAGCAAGUGGACCAGACACAGCACUCCCAGGGGAAAAGAGAAAACAGAAAAAGAUUAAUAUAGAUGAAGCUGAAGAAUUCUUUGAGCUGCUGAGCCGGGCACAGAGCACCCGAGCCAACGACCAGCGCGGGCUCCUGAACAAAGAAGACCUGGUACUUCCCGAAUUCCUACGCCUAACCCCUCCCAGCUCCUCCUGCUCCGUCUCCUCUGACCUAGCAUGCUCCACUCCUGACCGCCGGGAGAAUGGCGUCUCCUCGCGGGGGGCCCUCACCGCCAGCCUUCGUUCAGAGAGCCUGGACUCCUCCCUCAGCUCCAGUGCCAAUGGACACUCCGGGACCAGGCGGUGCCUGAUGCCCCCUCCUCGCCACCAGACUUUUGGCAACUACCUGUCCCCCAUCCCCCGGCCCUCAGACACCCGGCCAAACCUCCGCACCGUGGAGGAGGACACCCACAACGACUUGACCCUCGUGGGCGAGGGCGACAUCAGCAGCCCCAACAGCACCCUGCUGCCUUCAUCACCGUCCCUCAUGCAGUCCUUCGACAGCAGCCUGCCUGAAGCCAACUUCACCCCGCCGCCACCAUUCUCCAAGUCUCAAGACGCAGCUGGAGAGGGAAAGUCCAGUUCAGAGGGAGGAACAGAGUCAAGCUCCGACACCAAAUCCCCCGCCGACAGAGCCGACGCUGCACAGACGGUUCAGGAGGUGAUGGAUGUGGAGGGGGUUCAUCUAGAGGAGGGAACGCUGGAAACAUCCCUGGGAGAGGACUCUGAGCUCAGCUUGAGCUUCCACGGCUACGUGGCUGAGCUGCGGCAGUGCCAGAGCAAGCUGAGGAAUGCCCAGAUGCCCCAGAACGGCCGCAACCCACCAGAGGGCAAGGACUGCAACACAGACCUUUACAAGGCCACAAUUGUCUAAAGGGAACCCCCACUGCUGCACUUUUUAAGCCUGAGGCACUGUAUUUUGAUGAAAGGGAAUUAGUGAAACGCUGGGCUGCAUGUACACUCCAACAAUCAAUAUUAUGGUAACAGACAUUGUAUAUUUGUUACAAUUUCUGGCGUCUUCUCGUUGAUUUUUAGUACUGGUUGUAAUUUUUGGACAGUGAUGUGUUUUUGUUAUGGUUUACUUUAAUAGUGAAGUGCAAAGCGGUUUUAUUAUGAGCCAUGUUAGACCAAGGACAACCAUGGAAGAAGCCUGAUAUGAACUUUUGGGUAGUUUCUAAUUAUAGGCAUACAUUACAAACAGAUUCUAAGUUAUUGUAAUCAAUGGGUUUAUUAUAGAUCCUAACUUAACAAUAAGCCAUAAAAAUGAACUAAAGAGCUAACUAAAAAGUAAGUUAUGUUAGUAAACAAUAUGUACAAGCCAAGGGAUUAACCAUUAAUUAAACUAUUAAUUACAAUUUAAUGACUCAGCUGAGGAAGACUGUGAGAUGCAGUUGAAAGUUCCAAAAAGUGGAGCUUGAUUUUAAUUUUUUUGUCAAACUACUGUUGCCCUAUUAGAAAGUGCUACCCACUUUUGUUGGACCAUACGUUAGACGGGACUGUUUUAGGAUCAAAAGGGAGGCAAAUCACAAUGUUCUUGUAUAUUUAACUAUUUCCUGUAUAUAUCUUCUUCCUAUGUUUUACGGAUGAUACAUGACGGUACCUUUGUUUCCUGUACUUCCUGCUUCUGUGGUUUUGAGGUUGUCCACAUGUUGAAUGAUUAAAAAGAUUUGAUGGCUGUAAUUCCAACAAAA